CCCCCCAAGAACAGCUUCCAUGAAGCUUUUCAUCCCCAAGGGCAGAAGAAGAGGGACCAUUUAGGACCAAACCAGCAUGCCUAUUGUCAAGUAUCCCAGAACAGUCGAACCUCUUUGGUACGAGUGGGACAGGAAAGCCCAGAAAUGUGGACUGAGACAUACCGUUUAUGCUGUGAAUGGGGAUCGCUACACCGGGGAAUGGCUGGACAACCUGAAACACGGCAAAGGCACCCAAACGUGGAAACGCACGGGGGCCAUCUAGAGCGGGGACUGGAAAUUUGGGAAGAGGGACGGCUACGGGACGUACAGUCUCCCUGACCCCGUCACGAAAGAAUAUAAGAGGGUGUAUGCAGGCUGGUGGAAAAAUGACAAGAUGUGGGGCUACGGAAUUAAGUUUUAUUCGGAGAAAGGGUAUUACGAAGGCGAAUGGCAUGCGGGGAAGAGAGAUGGCUGGGGGAGGAUGUACUACCAGGACGGGUCCAUCUACGAAGGCCAGUGGUCGGAAGACAACCCAGGGGGCCAAGGACUAUUCCGCAUGAAAAAUGAAAACCGGUACGAAGGCUCCUGGAAGAAUGGGAAGAAAAACGGGCCGGGAAAGUUCUUCUAUUUGGAUUCUGGGCAGCUCUUCGAAGGGUUCUGGGUGGACGACAUGCCCAAGUGCGGAACCAUGAUCGACUUUGGCCGUGAUGAAACUCCCACUCCAACGCAGUACCCAAUCCCAAAGAUCGAACUGGCAGACCCGGAGGGUGUGUUGGAGGAGGCCGUUGCAAAUUUCAGCAACACCGAAGAGUGAAAGGCCCAGCCUGGGAUACAAAGAGGACAGUAACAAUCCCGUGCCGGGCAGUUGUGUCCUCUUUUGCUUGAACUCCAGCAUUGUGAUCUCUGGUGGACACUUCUGGUGUUGGAUAGAGAGGCCUC